AGAGAAGCUGCUCUUAAAGAAGUGACACUGAUGGACAAAAUGAAGCAUCCCAACAUUGUUAAAUUUUUGGAUUCAUUUGAAGAGGGUCAGAGUCUGUUUAUAGUCAUGGAAUAUUGUGAUGGUGGUGACCUGAUGCACAGAAUUAACAUGCAGCACGGGGUUUACUUUACCGAAGAGCAGGUCUUGGACUGGUUUGUACAAAUUUGCUUAGGGUUGAAACACAUCCAUGACAGAAAGAUCCUACACAGAGAUAUCAAAACACAGAACAUUUUCCUUUGUAAUAAAGGAGUAACUGUAAAACUUGGAGACUUUGGAAUUGCACGAAUGUUGAACAAUACCAUGGAGCUAGCACAUACACGUAUAGGAACACCAUACUAUUUAUCCCCUGAGAUAUGUGCAAACCAACCAUACAAUAACAAAACUGAUAUUUGGUCUCUCGGAUGUGUCCUGUAUGAGUUAGCCACUCUGAAUCAUCCAUUUGAAGGCAAUAAUUUGCAUCAGUUAGUGGUGAGGAUCUGUAGAGGUCGCUAUGCCCCAGUAAAUUCCAGAUACACCUACGACUUGAGGAUGUUAUUAGCCCAGCUAUUUAAAGUAAACCCCCGUGAUCGACCAUCCAUCAACUCAAUUUUAAGGAAGAAGUUCUUGGAAAAGCGUAUUAGAAAAUACCUCAGCCCUGAACUAAUAAAGGAAGAAUUUAGCCACACAGUCAUUCAUAGGAAGAAGUCGCCUGCGUCAAGAUUUACAGCAGCCAGCUCACAACCAGCUCCAACAAUACAGAAAGCUAAAUAUGAGAUGAAGCAGCUACCAAGACCACUAAUAAAUAAAAAGCCACCACCAGAUCAUUAUGAAUGGAAAGCAUUAGCAGUGGUCAACAGACCGAAUAUGAAGUUCAAGCAAAUUAGCAAUCAGUUGGCUGCAGCGCCCAGGAUCGAAGGCCGGUAUGAACACUAUCAUGGUUAUCUAGAUCACAUGGAGAGAAGACCAAACGACCUCAUACCUCCACCUGUGCCUCAUUAUAACAACCAAAUUGAAGAUUACAGACAGAAAUUGAAUCAUGAUCCACUCCAUUGGCCAUAUGCUGUGCAUGAAGAAUACAUUCAGAGAAAAUUGGAAGCACAAGAAUAUAAGAUAAAAGCAGAAAAACAACUGGGAAUACGUCCUCGCUCAUCAGACCAUUAUGAAUAUACUCCAACUCCAGAUGUACAGGCUAGACAAAGUGCUAAGCAGCAAGCUAGGAAAAAAGGAGCAGCAGAUGAGGAAUAUUGUCAGCGACUGAAGGAAAUAAGGCAGCAAUAUCAGCAUGAAGUGAAAGAACUUAAGGGAAAAAUGGAAAUAAAAGAGAAUCAUCCUGGUAUAUUAGCUGAGACAUACCAUAUUGAAAAAGUGACUGAGCUUCAGGGACAAAACAAAGACAAACAGCCUCAUCAGGUCAUUGAGGAAGAUCUGAAGCAAAUGAGAUUGCAGCACCAAAUGGAAAAGAAAGCACUGGAGCUCAAACACAAAGUUAAGGGAAUAAAAUUUGAGAUAAUGUUGGAUGAAGAGUUGACUCAUGAAGAUUCCCAGCAAGAGGAGAAACUGGACAUGUUAAAUAAAACACUGACGCACGAACAAGGAGAAAUCCUUAAACAGAAGAAAUGGCAGUUCACUGAGGCAGGAAAUAUUCUUGAAGAUCUUGCAAACAAAACGUUGGAAGCAACAUCCUCUCAAAUGGAAGGGGUCCUACGCAAUCAGUCAAAACUCUUGUGA